AUGACUCCCUUCCUCCAAGUCUCCAACCUUCAGAAGGACUCCCUUCCUCCAAGUCUCCCACCCUCAGAAGGACUCCCUUCCUCCAAGUCUUCCACCUUCAGAAGGACUCCCUUCCUCCAAGUCUCCCACCCUCAGAAGGACUACCUUCCUCCAAGUCUCCAACCCUCAGAAGGACUCCCUUCCUCCAAGUCUCCAACCUUCAGAAGGACUCCCUUCCUCCAAGUCUCCCACCCUCAGAAGGACUCCCUUCCUCCAAGUCUUCCACCUUCAGAAGGACUCCCUUCCUCCAAGUCUCCCACCCUCAGAAGGACUACCUUCCUCCAAGUCUCCAACCCUCAGAAGGACUCCCUUCCUCCAAGUCUCCAACCUUCAGAAGGACUCCCUUCCUCCAAGUCUUCCACCCUAGGAAGGACUCCCUUCCUCCAAGUCUUCCACCCUAAGAAGGACUCCCUUUCAUUCUUCCAUUCUUAG